UUCAUACAUUCGACGGUAAGAGAUUAUAAUCUUUUUGUGGGAUUGAUUAUUUUCCUACGACUUUUAUGCUUGUCAGAAUCAUUCACCAACAACUUUUUUCAGGCCUGUGAAGUAGUAUAUUCUAGCAUAACACAUAAAUUGCCAGAAAGGCUGCUGUUGAACUUUGAACACCCUUAAUAUCUCUCUCUCUCUCUCUCUCUCUGUCUCUCUCUCUCCCAGACUUUCUAUCUUUCUCUCUCUAGAAAGGGAAAAGAAAAGGAUGAUGGCGAUGAUGAUCAUGGGGGAGGUGAAUCAGCAAAGGAUCAAAACAAAUGGAAUAUGGAUGAACAUAGCAGAGAAAGGGACAGGACCACUGGUUCUGCUUCUUCAUGGGUUCCCAGAAUUCUGGUUUGGAUGGAGACACCAGAUCACUGACUUGGCUAAAAAGGGGUAUCACGUGGUGGCACCUGAUUUGAGAGGCUAUGGUGAUUCUGAUUCUCCUCUCAGCCCUUCUUCCUACUCUGUUUUCCACAUAGUCGCUGACCUCAUUGGCCUUCUUGAUCACUUUGGUCAACAACAGGCAUUUGUAGUGGGUACUGACUGGGGAGCCAUAGCUGGAUGGUACCUCAGCCUGUUGAGGCCUGACAGAGUGAAGUCACUGGUUAGUCUAUCUGUUCCAUUUGCAUCCAGAUCUCCCAAUAUCAAAACCACUGAUUCCUACAAACAACUCUUUGGAGAUGACUUCUAUAUCUGUCAGUUCCAGGAGGCAGGGAGAGCAGAGAAGGCAUUUGCAAGAUAUGAUUAUGUGACAGUGAUGAAGAAGUUGAUUCUGAUAAACAAGACUGAUCUGCUGAUAGCUCCACAGGGGAUGGAGAUCAUUGAUUACCUUGAGACACCUUGUUAUUGUCCCAAAUGGAUAACAGAGGAAGAACUAGAAGUUUUUGCUGACAAAUUCCAAGAGUCUGGUUUCACUGGACCUCUCAACUACUACCGUGCCAUUGAUCUGAAUUGGGAGCUUCUUGCACCAUGGCAAGGUUCAAAAAUAACAGUUCCAGUAAAGUUAAUUGUUGGUGACAAAGAUAUUGGAUUUGAGUGUGGAGGCACAAGGGAGUACAUCCAAGGAAGUGUUUUCAAAAGCCUUGUCCCAAACUCUGAAGUUGUGAUUCUUGAUGGACAUCAUUUUAUCCAUCAAGAGAGACCUCAAGAAGUCUCCAAUGAAAUCUUAUCUUUCCUCUCUAAAUUUUCUCUAGCUUAAUUAUAAUGAGUUCAUAUCUCAGGUAAUUGAAUUGUAGACACUCCAAUUUUGUUAUCCCAUGUUGUCUUUAUAGUGUAGGGGAAUUUUCAAAAUA